AUGUGGACCGCGAGGCACCUGCCGCAGCUGAUGUCCCUGGAGGGUCAUGAGCGCGCGCUGGCGGAGGCGACGCUGGCCCCGGUGCGCAACGUGAGCGCGCCCGCAGCGGAGGAGGAGGACGGGGGCGCGCACGGAGCACAGCACCGGCAGCAGGUCACGUGGGUCGCGACGCUGCUCGCGGGGGUCCUCAUCACCACCAUCGUAGUGGACGUCAUCGGGAACCUGCUCGUGAUCGUGUCCGUGUUCAGGAACCGCAAACUCAGGAAAGCAGGAAACGCCUUCGUAGUGAGCCUCGCCCUGGCCGACCUGGUGGUGGCGCUAUACCCUUACCCGCUGGUCCUGUCGGCCAUCUUUAACGACGGCUGGAUCGCGGGCUACCUCCACUGUCAGAUCAGCGGCUUCCUCAUGGGACUCAGCGUGAUCGGCUCCAUUUUCAACAUCACCGGAAUCGCCAUCAACCGCUACUGCUACAUCUGCCACAGCCUGAAAUACGACAAACUCUUCUCCAAUGCCAAUACCAUGUGCUACGUCGUGCUCGUUUGGGUGCUAACCAUCCUCGCUAUCGUGCCAAAUUGGUUCGUAGAGUCUUUGCAGUACGAUCCAAGAGUGUAUUCCUGUACUUUUGCCCAGUCCGUCAGCUCCCUCUACACCAUAACCGUCGUAGUUGUCCAUUUUAUUUUACCCAUCGGAAUAGUCACGUAUUGCUAUCUACGGAUUUGGAUUUUGGUUAUUCAAGUUCGUCGUAGAGUGAAGCCGGACACGAGGGCGAAAAUCAAACCGCACGAUAUCCGAAAUUUCCUGACGAUGUUUGUGGUCUUUGUGCUCUUCGCCGUUUGCUGGGCACCGCUGAACUUCAUCGGGCUGGCCGUGGCGCUGGACUCGCGUUUGGGGACCGCCAUACCAGAGUGGCUGUUCACGGCGAGCUACUUCAUGGCGUAUUUUAACAGCUGUUUGAACGCAGUGGUGUACGGCGUUUUGAAUCAUAAUUUCAGGAAGGAGUACAAAAGGAUCGUGCUCAUAAUAUUUAGGUUUCACUGCUGA